AUUCAAUGGCGCAUAGGGCACUGCUGCUGCCCUCCCGGCAGCGGCUUUUUCUUGUUUGAGCAGCGCACAAGUGUGGUGCUUGGUGGGAAGAGUAUCAGUGACAUUCUUGCGAUACCCGAUUGCGCUGUAUGAUUGAUCCUGCGAAAAAACUGUUAAGGCCAGCCAGGGCGACCUUCAAUGAACAGCCCAGCGUGCUCUAUGAGCAGGACGUGCAGGGACUGGCGGGCAGCGCUGCGUUUGCAGUUGUGAACGUUAAUGAAGUAGGCGGAUGUCUACGUUUUGCGUGCCUUCGGCCGUCAGCUGAUAGCCCUUUCCAACUCCGGACCAUCAUCGCCAGGGGAGGCGAUGGUCUUACCUGUAAGGUGUUCUCUAAGAGCGAAGGCGCCGCUCCAGUUGGUCGUGCGCUUGCCUGGGACCUUCAAUGGGCAUCCCGCUGACAGGCAGAGAACCGCUAUCGGGGCCCGUUCCGAUUACCUUCAAAGCUUCGAUGUUCGAACAUGUUUAUUCGCCGACGGCACGAACCCGCCACGUCCUGCGCUGCUCAUCAUCCAGGGCGGCGGCAACGGGCUCGGAUCCGAAACCCCUACCACCGCUGACGUACCCCGGCCGUGGCGGACUCCUUCUGUACACCAGCAGCUCGGCAGGCGCUCCACCGCUGCUGCCGCCGCCGCCGCCGCCGCCGCCUCCCCAGCCUCUGCGGCCGCCGCCUCCUCCUCUUCCUGUGCCGCAGCAGCCCUUACAAUAGCAGCGAGCAGCUUGGGAGGCUUGGACGCGUCGGCUGCGGAGGCUGCGGAGUCCUCUGCGCCAGGCGCUCCUGCCCC